AUGUUAGUUGAUGGUGCACAUAAUCCACUUGCAGCUAAAGUGCUUGGAGAUUAUGUUGAUAAGAGAUUACAGUUACAAAAUAAUGAAACCACAAAAACUUAUAAAGUUAGUUGGAUAUUUGCUGUUACAGAAGGAGAAGACAUUUCAGAAAUACUUAAAUUAUUACUGAUAAAUGACGAUUCGGAUUGGUUUUUUGCCCAUAUGCUUCACUUUAAACAAGAUGAAAUGCAUGCAGUUAUUCAAGAAGAAGAAACAGUCUUGAAGAAAGAGUUAGAAUGGUUACUGGAUUCACAAUUGCCAAAUUCGCUUUAUAAUUUAAAGAAGGAAUUAAAAGAAUUACAAGUAAAAUUUCCCAAUUAUAAUCGUGGAAAUUUGACAAAAUUGACUGUUAAUAGCAAGAAACCGUAUUUUAUUGAACAGCUGAUUGAUGCACAGAAUUAUAUCACUUUAGCUUUAGAUACAUUAGAAUGUUCAAAUAACUCGUAUACCAAAGAGAAGUCUUAUGAGUUGUUAGAUACGGUUCUCAAAUAUAUAUCAAAUGCUCGAUUUACUCUUACUUGUGCAAGUGAGGAAAAAUUGUUUCCUUAUAAAAUCUGUGAUCCUCAGAUGUUUGGUGCAAAAUUUCCUGAAGACUUGGUGAUUCAAUUUCAUAUUGAAAGUUCAUGUAUAGUUGUUUCAGUUUAUGCACUUCAAUAUCACUCUUCACCACCGCAACAAAAGCAUGGAAAUAUUUUAGGAUCUUCUAAAAGUUCUUUAAAA